AUGCAGCUCUCUUCCAGUGUGGCUGAACUCAGCUGUGACGAGACGAUGGAGCCACCCGCGGAGGACUUCCAGCAGGUCCUGUCCAUUGACCAAAUCCGCUCCAUCCGUGCCAGCAACAACUACGUGGAGAGACCGGCUGCCUGCUUCCAGCAAGCCCGCUCCAACCCGUCCCUGUCCCAGCCACCGCACAAGCAGGAGUGGUCCCCGGACCGCCUGGGGCCGGGGUCCUGCUGUGCCCGCUGUGCUGCCAUGAGCUUCCUCUCUCUCCUCAUGCCCUGCCUCUGCUGCUACUUUCCUACCCUGGGGUGCCUCAAACUUUGCCAGCGGGGUUACGACGGCCUCAAACGACCCGGCUGCCGCUGCCAGAGCCACACCAACACGGUCUGCAGAAAGAUCUCCUCCUCCAGCGGCACGCCUUUCCCCAAGGCGCUGGAUAAGCCGGUAUGA